AUGGUAUGGGUAAGUGCACAUGUAUCAUCUUUUUAAAUCAUAGAGGGCACAACGGAACCGUUAAUUUUUUUUCAACGAAAUUCAACUAAAUUUCGUGAAAUACUAGGUCUAUACCAUUAUUGCAUUCAUGACAUAACGUAAGUACUUGAGAAUUCAAACGAAUUAAAUACAGAGAUGAAUGUUUAGUGUUAAAAACGAAAAUAAUUGUUUUCUUGGAUUUAAUAAUGUGUAUAAAAGAUAUAUAAUUUUCAACAUGUUUUAUUAUGACUAAAUAAAUUAAUUGGUUUAAUUAUUUAAUGUAGUUUCCAGUUAUAAAUAAUAAUUAAAGGCUUGUAAUAUCGUUCUACGUUGAUUGGUUGAUUAAUGUUUGUCGAUCAACAAAUAUUAACACAAAUCUUAUAUAUUUAAUUUUGUUAUAUGAUUAUCAUUUACAUAAUACAUUCGUUACACAUAUUUUUUAAAAAAUAAUAACAGAAAUACAUAAAUGCAUAUGUAUGGUAUGUUCAAAACAAAAAGGUAUGUUUAAAUUACAUUCAGUUUUGAUUACACAUAAUAUGUAUGGUAUUCAAAAAAUAACGAAUUUUUUUGUUUGUAAUAAUAUUGAUCAUUUUUUGUUAAGACAUAUCAAAACAUUUAUAGGUUGUGAAUAAUAAAUGGGAAAUUAAGUGAUUGUAUCUAUCACUAAGUGUUAAAAUGAAUUAAAUGAUGAAUAACAUCUUUUAUUAUAAGAUAUUUUUUGCUAAAAGAUUAAAUUUGAAAAUUCUGUGGGUUUGUAUUAAAUUAAAUUGCAAGCUCACAGUGAAAUAUUCUUUCUUUAUUUUAUCUCUAAUUUUUAAUAUCUGCAUAUUAAAAAAUCUAAAACAUUGGAAAGAUAAUUAAUUAUUGUAAAUCAUGUUUAUUACUCUUAAAACAUCUGUUGAUAAUUCUACGUAAUUGAAGAACUUGCACACAUAGAUACAAAGCUUUAGAUUAACAAAUUUUACUUUAUAUUUGUAUAUAAUAUCACCUUGUUUUUAGUUGUCUCAUUUAUUAUAGAACAAUUUAAUAUCCUGUGCUAUUCAACAUCAAAUAAUUUAUAUAUUUUAUUAAUUCAAUAUUAGUUUAAUAUUUGUGGAAUACAAAGUACAAUUAUCUAUCAAUAAGCAUAUAAUGAAAAUUAAACAACAAAAAAUUGAUUAAACGUUAAAGAAGAUUCUGCAAAAAGUAAAAAAGGAAACAUAAUAAUUAGAAGUACAAUUAUACAUAAUAUAUAAUAUGUACAUUGAUCUAUAGAAUUGAAAAUUGUCCCAUAAAUAAAAGAAGUUAAAUAAAUUAUUAUAUGGUAGUAAUUUAUCAAAUAUUUAAUCAUUAUAUGAUAAUUUUGUUUAAUUGUGAUUUCAGAUAAUAAAUGUGUAAAAGAAUUUACUGAACAAAUAUAUUCUUUUUGUAUUAAUUUAAAUACAAAUAGAAGUUUUAGAAGAAAAAAUUAUCAAACUACAAAUCAAGAAGAACUAAGAACAAUUUACAUUACAUCUUUGAUCAUGAAGUAUGCCUUAAGAAAACUACCUAAUAACAGAAGGUCACAAUUAAAUAAAAAUGAAAAUACAUUUGUGAAUGAAUGUCAUACAAAUGAUAUUCUAAUAAAAAAUACAUUUAUGUUAAAAAAACCUAUGACUACAUAUCGUAAGAAGAGUAAAGAAAUCCUUUUUCACGAAAAAUCUCCGCAUGAUAAAAUAGUUACAGUGCAUCAAUUUGGUAAUGCAAAUGCAGUAUCUUUUACCCCUGUUCUGUCUUCUACACCAAAAGACAAAGAAACACUUAAUGAUGCCAAAGAAAAAGAACAUGAUGAUAGAAAAAGAACGUCAUUCAAUAAUAAUACAACUUCUGAGUUCAACAAGAGUCAAACAAAUAUUACACUAACGGUAGAAGAAAAUCAACGGGAAGUAAAGAAAAAAGAUGCUACCUAUGAACUUGUUGAGCCUAAAACUCCAAAUUUACGGAAAAGGUUGCACGAAGAACGAAAUGCCAAAAAAGAAAAUUUUGAUCAAAGGGUAACGAUCAAGAAUUCUAGAGUACGUUUUGCAACUCGUUUGUCAGAUAAAAAUUACGAAUAUAAUUCUCCACCUCGUACAAGUUACAAUGAAAAAAAGCAAAUUAAUAAUCUUGCGACUCUCACGCCUAAAAAUAGUUCAAAAAAGAAUAUUUUAGGGUCACCAAUUCGUAUGAAAUCAAAUUCCAUUAAAGAUACUUCUUUAUUAUUAUGCAACAUUAUAGAUCAAUUGAAAUAUAUAAUGAAAGAAUAUAAAUAUCUGGCAUCUAUUAUAGAUUCAAUGCCCUCUACAACGAAGAAAGUUCCAAAUUUUGCUAAAAUUCAUAAAAAAUUGUUUGCCAAGUCAGAAUCGAUUGUUGAUGCAAAAAAACGAGUGAAAGACAGACAUACUGAAAUGAUCGCAUUCAAGAAAAAGUACAAUUCAGAGAAGGAAAGAUUGAAUUCACAGGGAGAAAAUCAGCUAUCUAAGAAGUUGAAUGAAAAUUCUUACAAUCGAUUUGGAUUCAAAAUAAGAAAACACGAAGCUGUUGAGCAUGUUUUAAGAAAGAAGAAUAAUACUUUACUACAUUCGACAAAGUAAAGUUAUAAAAAUUAUAAAAACGAUGAAGUGUAGGAUAAUAUGCUAAUAUUUUUUGUAUAUUUUUUUUAUUACAGAAACAAAGAACAGAACAGAGCUAUUUUGAAGGGUGUAAGAACAAAUCGACGUUUUGAACUUCAGAUGAAAUUUAGAAAUCUAAAUCGUUAAAAUAAAUAUAAUCUCUCUCUUGUUCUCUUUCUCACGCUAGAUAAUAACAUUUUAUUAUAAGAAAAAUUUUUCCACGUUAUUUACUUCAUUAUACUUCACAAAUAAAUGAAUGUAAUACGUUUAUUUUUUUUUCUUUUUUUGUAGGUUUAA